ACCAUCUUGGCCACGAAUUGACGGCAAUGACUUUUGCUAUGUUCCAUUGUAUUCCAUUCAGAAAACAUGGAUGAUCGUUCUCGGUGAAGCGAUUGUAAUAUAACAGGGUCUCUCGACCAUCGCCAUCUAAAAAUGUUCAGGGCGCUGAAGAAGUGGGCAAAAGGGGGAAAUGAAGAUUCCAAACUCGACACUCCAUUGGGAGUGCGGGCGAUGGGCCAGGCGUUACAACGAAAGUUUGCUCGGGGUGUUCAGUAUAAUAUGAAAAUAGUGAUAAAAGGAGACAGAAAUACUGGAAAGUCCUGUUUGUUUCAAAGACUUCAAGGAAGACCAUUCAAUGAACAGUACAUUCCAACAAAUGAAAUUCAGGUUGCAAGCAUACACUGGAAUUACAGAACCACUGAUGAUAUUGUGAAGGUGGAAGUCUGGGAUGUUGUAGACAAAGGGAAGAGAAAAAGAUCUCAGUCCAGCAGUCUCAAGUUAGAGAAUGAUACCAAGGAUGAGGCCGAGAAAGACAGCACAGUUUUAGAUGCAGAGUUUGUUGAUGUAUUCAAAGGAGCUAAUGGUGUUCUGAUGGUUAUGGAUAUCACCAAACCAUGGACUUUUAAAUAUGUGGAGAGAGAACUUCCAAAAGUUCCAGCCCAUAUUCCUGUCCUUGUUCUGGCCAACCACAGGGACAUGGAAGAACACAGGUUAGUCCCUGCAGAAGAAGUCAUAGCAUUCAUCGAACAUAUGGAGAGACCCGACAGGUGCCCUCCUGUGCACUAUGCUGAGACCUCCAUGAGGAACGGCUUUGGGCUGAAAUACAUUCAUAAGUUUCUUAAUUUACCUUUCUUAUUGUUACAGAGAGAAACUCUUAUGAAACAGCUGCAAGUCAAUGCAGAAGACACUGAGUCAACUCUUGAAGAAUUGCAGAUUCAUAAGGAGUCCGAGGAGCAGGAUUACGACAAAUUUGUUAGUAUGCUGAACCGAAGAAAAAAAGAUCAAGAAGCCAAGAAAGCUGCUGCUGCUGCUGCUGCCGCCGCGGCUGCUGCUGCAGAAGGUGAUGGCAAACAGACUGUCGCACCUGGUUCUCUUUCAGAGGCUGACAGAACAGGAAAGAAUCCUAAUGGCAGUACCACUUCUAAUGGAAGCCUCCCUAACGAGAAGACGUCACGGAAAAUCCUAUCAGCAACAACCCAAGAACCUGUUAAAGAAGCAGCCCUGUCUCAGAAUGGCUUGGCACAUUCCUCAACCAACAUCGACGAGUUUAUACCAGAGGAUGAAUUAGAUGCAGGGUUUUUAGAUGACGACGGAGGAUCAAAAGGUAAAAAGCGCAUAAAUAAACCUGCAGCUAAGAAAUUGCCACCGAAACCUGUGGAAGUGGAACAGAAAGAGAGCGACAAUAGUGAAAGUGACAAUGAAGAACGAAACCCAAUGGUGGCAGGAUUCGCCGAGGACUUGGACUCUGACGAUGAAAAUAUCCCAGCUGUUAUUACGAAUCACGUCGAUGAAGAGCUCGAUGAUGAUCCUUUUACAACAGCAAAGAAAUCGAACACAGUCUUGUCUGUUGAGUUGACUUCAAGCGAGGAAGACGAAAAAGACGAAGUGGAGACAGUUGAGGUGGAAAAGAGAAACGAUAGAGUGACGAAAGAAAAUGAAGAACAGAGGACCAAAGAAAAACAAAAAAGGGAAAGUAGGUCCUUAACGUUAGGCCUUGAAAUGCCAGACAAGUCUUUGUUGACGGAAGAACCGGUCGUAGAUGGUCUUGGUUUUGCAACAGAGGACGUCGAUGACUGGCUAAACUCGCCUGAUUCAGAUCCAAAGAUUCCGUUCCGUGCUGAAAACGACAACACUGUAAGAAAAAGCGAUACCCCUGUCAUACCUGCAGAUGAUUGGGAGCAGUUCAUGGCUUCACAAAUGAAACAACAAACCAGAGUACCAAAAAAUGCAUCCAAUUCUUUAAUAGACAUGGGCCUCGAUGGAGAAGACAAUGGAGAUACAUAUGAAGAAAUUAAAAGCCGUAAAAAGAAAGAGAACAAGAGUGGCGAGAAAUCUAAAAGUAAACACAAACGAAAGCACAAGGAUAAAGGCGAAGAAGGAGAAGACAGCGAAAGAAAGGAGAAAGAUAAAGAGAGGAGAAAACCACGGCAUCGAGAAAGCGACGAAGGAAAGGAAAGGAGGAGAAGUCGAGAUGACGAAGGCGAAAAGAAAAGGAAAGAUCGGAGCAAGCACGGUAAAGAGAAAAUCGGGGAAGGUGUACAACAUGGCGUGACAUAUGAGAAACUAUGACAGAAGAGGAGAUCCCUUCAUUAGGGUUUCUACCUUGCUUGUUGUGCCAUCAAAUCCCAUGGUGAUAAUCUAAUUCAAUAAAUAACAUAUCUGGCCGAGAUGAUAAACACAAAAAUAGGCUUAAACAAAGCUGGAUAUGUGGUUGGUUUACUGCAGAAUAAGUUGCAGAAAUGAUUCAGCUCUGUCCACUGUCUAUUGAUGUAAUUAUACCAAAUUGAAGAUUCGAUGGAAAUCGCUGAAACUUAGUACAACCGCUGUACGGUUGAGCAAGAUGCCUUGUUGCGGAAUGCUAAACGUAAACUUACAUCGAGGUGGUGAGGCAGCGCUUUGCGGUGGAUUAUCUGAUAUUCCUAAUUUUUUACGUAUGGAUUCAAUUCACAUUUUUAUAAGUUUGUUUUCUAAAUAUGAAUUAUUAGUUGUUUUAGGCUGCAACAAAUUGUAUACUAGGUGGACUUAACCAACCAUAUGGUGAUUCUAACCCUUGAUAAGCAUUACUUUGCAGUUUGUCUAACUCCUAGCUCUAGUUUUGGGUGAGUGGCUAAAUUUUUUUAAGUAACGUAUUGUGAGAUUUAUACCCAACGCCGCUUGGCGUGAUGCUUAGCGAACCUUUGGGUGAUACGUAGCAGAGGGGUUGGCGAGUUUGGUUGGUUUUCCACAUAAUGUUGUGAGCACAAACGAACAUGUAUCAAUGAAUCAGUGAACGACCGAACGAACAAACACGGCCAACGAAUCAAAAUUGAAUGACAAUACACGUAAGUGUCCUCUAAACGGAAAACUUGCAAAAGAGCCGCAAUCGGUUUUGUUUUAAUUCUGCUCUGUUACUUGGCUUCCAAUCGGAAGUAAAAAUGCAACACCUAGCGAUUUUGGAUCAGGUUAACCUGUUAACUCAUAAGAGCGACAAGCAUCUAAUUUCUUUCAACAGUAUCACCCUAAAUCAAACUUUAAGGUUAUGACAAUAAAGAAAAUGAUCGUCGCGAACUUAACAAGG